AUGGUGUGCAUGGUGGAGAUCGAUAAGUUCCGGUAUCUCUAUGGCUUGGAUCCCGACACAAUCUUGCAAGUUGAUAUGAUUCCAAACCCAUUAGAUGGUCUGGGCCGUGAUGUCUUGAAUGUUUUGGAUGCGGCUGGAGAAUUCCAUCUACAGGGGGUGCAUCUUGAUGAUGAACACGAAAUCUUCGAGUGGGGUAUUGAGUUGGUGGAGGAGGGUAAGUACAAGGAGACAGAGGAAGCCAGUCGGAAAUUCCCUUUUCAGUCCAGCUUCGUUGAGCUCGACUCCAUUAUGGGGUCUUUGGAGGAGGGAUGA